CUUCCUACAUGUGAAUUUACGCUGCUGUGUUGCUGGUCUUCGGGAAACUUUCCUAAACUGCCGUUUGAAUCGCUCAACAUUUAAAAAGUUCAACACAAAGUUAACGUUUCGGUUACGCUCUUCAUUUUGUCUGUUUAUUCGUAAAAGGAGAACUAUGUCGGACGCUUUGUCUGAUGACGGCGGGGACGUCGUCAACCAGGAUGACACUCAGGAGGAUGUUAUGACCCCGGCGGAGCUGAUAGCCAAGCUGGAAGAAGCCUGGCUGAAUGAGAAGUUCUCACCGGAGCUGCUGGAGAACAAAUCGGAGGUGGUGGAGUGUGUGAUGGAGCAGCUGAGUCACAUGGAAGCCAACUUGCAGCGGGUGAAGAAAGGCGACGCAAAGGCCAGCAUCCAUCGCAUGGAAAUAGACCGGAUCCGCUUUGUGCUCAGCAGCUACCUGCGCUCUCGUCUGCAGAAGAUUGAAAAGUUUUUCCCGCAUGUCCUGGAGAAAGAAAAGUCUCGGGGGGAGGGAGACCCGUCCCUGCUCUCACCCGAGGAGUUCGCUUUUGCCAAAGAGUACUACGCCAACACAGAAACCUACCUGAAGGCUGUAGCACUGAAGCGCAUGCCCCCCAACCUGCAGACAGUGGAUAUGCUCAAAGCAGUCCCUGAGCCCGGCCUGGACUCCUUCGUGUUUCUCCGAGUGAAGGAGAGACAGGAAAACAUCUUGGUUGAGCCUGAAACAGACGAUCAGAGAGAGUACGUUGUAGAUCUGGAAGAGGGCUCUCAGCAUCUAAUGCGGUAUCGAACUAUAGCGCCGCUUGUUUCAAGUGGAGCCGUGCAGUUAAUAUGAACGCGGAGGGUCUGUCUGCUGGUGCGGAUGUUUUUGGGUUCCCGGAGGUCAGAAAAUGAGCAAUGGCCUAUUUCCGUAACAUAGCGGUAAUGAGGAACAU